UUAAAAACUAAAUUUUACAUCAAAAUCUAUUAAUUAUGAAUCCUUUUAUAAUAAUCAAUGAUUUUGAAUCUGACGCAUUGGAAGACUAUUCCAAAAAAGAACAUUUUAAAGUCAACCAAAGAUUUUGUCAAUAUUUAAAGCAACUUAUAGCGGAAGAGUCUCAAAGGAAUAAUGCAAAAAAUAUUUCGGCGUCAUACAAACCACAACAUUAUUUACCAAUAGUUAUAAAGCAGCAACAAUCUGAGACAAAUAAUGAAUCGGGAAUUUUGCUAACAAUUGAUAAAUUAGUUACAUUUUUCAUAGAAGAAUGCAAGCAAAAUUUUCUUCCUAUAAAUCCUUGUUUUGCUAACUAUUAUCUACAUUUACUUAUACGAGAUGCUCAAGAUGGUUUGGAAUUAAAUGAUAAAUCUAAUCGUUUAAGUGUAUGUAAAAUUGAGAAUUUUUUAGAAAAAGCUUUGACAAAAUAUAAAAAUCCAUUGGAGGCUACUGUCUGCAAUAUGAAAAUGUCUUAUUUUAAUAGAAAUAGCCAAACGUUAUCUUUGGAUUUUGUUAAAGAAAAAUAUGAAUUGGAAUUUGAAGAGAAAUUACAACAACUAAUAAAAAGUAUAUUGCAAUAUCCCGAGAGUAGUAGUGACCAUCAGUUAGAAGAAAUGUUUAUUAAAAUGCAAGUGUUUAUUAUAACAAAUUAUCAAAUAGGUUGUCCUAAAAAUCAUGUAAUUUUAAAACAAUGUCGCCAAAGUUUAAAUAGUGUUUUGGGCAGGGGAGAUAUACAAAAAUAUGUCUUAAGAAAAAAAUAUCAUCGUUUGGAAUAUCUACAGAAAUUGGCAGCCACUGUAGCUGGUAUUUUAAUUUUCAAUAAUCAAGGACCCCAAGGCAAUAAAGAAAAUAUACGCAACAUAUUUGCUGAUUUAAAAAUGGCUCAAUGUAAUACCAAAGAUUCUCUGGAAGAGAGUAUAGAACGUGCAUUAUUUUUUAAACAAAGUGGUAGUAAUGUGAUGCAAGAACUUAUCGAAAUUAAUGUUCAUUUAAAAAUGAUCAUUUGUUUAAGACCUUUAGUUCAAAUACGUGAAAUCAACAAAUUUGUUAUAUUAUUUGAGGUGUAUAGAAAAAAUUUGGAAAAAGCUAAGAAUACUUUUGAAAAAACUCUUUAUCUAAUAGAGGUGGCGGAAAAGAAAUUCAAUUGUGUUGUGGAAAAAAUCAAUGAAAUAUUAAAAUUUCGUUCUGCCAUUGAAUCGGAAUUAAUUUUUCCACAUUUUGUAUAUCUUUCGGAAAUAUGGCAAACAUUGGUGUUAUAUUUAAAUCAUUUAGUUGAGAUAAAUAAAAUUAAAGAUCACUUUGAUAAUCUACUAAAUGAAAAACUGGAAAAUAACUUCAAUCAACUAUUAGAGGAGUUAAGUGAUAAAAACAAACACCUAAAACAGCCUUUAAAAUAUACAUUUCAUGAAUUAAUGCAGAAUAAUAUUAAACAUGAAAGUAAACUUAGCAUGUUAAACAUAAAACCAUUUAUUAAGGAUUAUUGUGGCCUAACUAUGGCUUUAACUGGUGGACUUUUAGUACCCUCCCAAUUGGAAAAGAAACUUUGUGAAAAUGUUGAUUUACUUUUUGGAUUUGCUAACAUGGAAUAUGCUAAAUUUGCCGAACGUUAUUUCAAGGAUUUUAUAAAGAAUUUUCGUAAUGCAAUCGUAACAAGUACAGAUUUAAUAUUACUCUUUCAACUUGAUGUGGAGGUAAUGCAACAAGAUUUCGAUUUAAUACAACAGACGAAAACGAAAACCAAUAGUUUAGAAACUCAAACUGAAAAUAUAUUAUCAAAUGAGCAUUUAACAAGCAGACGAGUGAACACUAGCUGGAAUAUUUGGGAUUUUCAUCGUCAAACCAUAAAUUUAGCAAAUAUUAGAAAAAAGCAAACACAUAACACGCAAACGAACUUAGGUUAUGGCAUAAGAAAUGCUCAAAAUCAAACUGAGAGAAAAACCUCUAAUGGAACACAAAAUUCGUGAAUAUAACUUACCUCU